CCUCUCCUAAGUGUGUGGUGUUGGUCCUUUCCAACUAGUGCAAGGUAACCGAGAUAUACACAGUCUUUAAAUUGGCAAAUACUACUCUUGCACUGUGUAUCACCCCCUGAUGUGAUACUUCUUCCCAGUUGAAGCUCCACCAUGAACACAACAUCAUGUGUAUCUUUGCUCCAACUCUCCAGAACGGGGUUCAGACUUUGUGCAUCCAAAGCCCCUCACUGCAGAGCCUCAGCCUCGAGUUCACCAACAGUGACCUACACUAGUCUUUCACACAUCUCACCCCACUCACCUGUACCCUGCAGACGCUCUUACUGCAUCAAUGUCAAGGUGCGCUCCUAUCUCCAUUACAUGAAACGGAAGAUUAUACCCUCUCCCAGUCCUCCGUAUGGUCACGUGUGCCAAGUAGGAGACCCAGUGCUGCGUGCCAGCGCAGCUGCUGUUGACCCUGCAGCUGUAACAGGGCCGGAGAUCCAAAAGGUCAUCAACACCAUGGUGAAAGUGAUGCGGAAGCUUGAUUGCGUUGGACUGAGUGCACCUCAGAUUGGGGUGCCACUCCGCAUCAUGGCCCUGGAAUAUCCGGAGAGGAUGUUGGAAGAGAGUUCGACAGCAUCGAGGGAGGUCCGUGGUCUCUCCGUCCAGCCCCUGAGAAUCUUCGUCAACCCACAGCUGAGGGUGCUGGAUGGUCGGACUGUGCUGUUUCAGGAAGCAUGUGAGAGCAUCUCAGGCUACUCUGCCACAGUUCCUCGCUACCUGUCUGUGGAAGUAUCUGGUCUGAAUGAAAAGGGUGAAGCUGUCACGUGGCAGGCCAGCGGCUGGACAGCUCGUAUCGUCCAGCAUGAGAUGGACCACCUGGAUGGGGUCCUCUACAUUGACCGCAUGGACAGUAAAACCUUCAUCAACAUCAACUGGCACGAGCACAAUCAAUAGAAACCGGACAAAUCCUCAGGACCGACCACGGACAUUUACAUCAGCGAUCGGUAAAACUGAUGAUAUGAUUUAAGUUUUGCUCCACACCAUCUGUGAACCUGAAAUUCUUUUGGAAUUUGGUUCCAGGAUCAUGGAGAAUUGCUUCAAAUAAAAAUACAUCAGAGCACUGGAAGUGUUUUUGUGGUUGCUACAAGGUGCAUGGCAGAAACCCCAAAGCAGUUACAUCCCUUUAAAAUGCAGCCAAGAGAGCAAAGUUCUGUGGACCUCCAGAUGCUUGAUAAAUAAAGAAGCUGAAAUGUUCAUGAUAAAAUUUGUGAAUUAUGUCUGACACUGUCAUGAUGAAUAAAAUGCUUGUACAGCAAAAAAUAUGA